AUGUCCGGACUGCGAGCAGAUAUCGUCAAUUUCUCCAUUCGUGUCUUAGUCUCAAUGCCCAAAUAUAUCCUGGGGAGGAGGCCAGCCAUGGAGGAGACGUCGCUCCAGGAUGGCUGGGGUCAAGUCGUCUUUAUGCCAGGGCUGGUGUUCCAUUGGCGCCUCAAGCCCAUCGAGUACCAAUUUAUGUUUCCCUAUUUGACCGUUGGGAUUCCUGUCGGCCGUGAGGGAGAUGUGGCAGGCAUCUUGUCUGUGGGGAGUACAGGGGAUGCUCGAUCUUGGUGGCAGUCGAUUCGGAAUCGCUUCGUGAACAAGUCGUGGUUCCAUGUCGAUGCCAGGAACUACCUCGCUCGCGGGAGGGGUGAGCUUGGACUGAGGGGGAAGCUUGAUCUGUUUCUGCGCGAGCGGGGAGCCGACCCUGAACGCUAUCCUUUCGCCUACCUGGUUACGGCACCAGAAAUGUUCGGGUACCAGUUCAACCCCGUGUCGUUCUGGUUCUUGUAUAACUCGGACAAGCAUCUUUUGGCCACCAUCCUGGAGGUGAACAAUACCUUCGGCGAACGGCAUAUGUAUUUCCUUACGGAAGAAAACACCGAACUGUCCCCAACAAACUUGUCAUCGUUGUUCAUACAACACUUUCCAAAGGAGUUCCACGUUUCGCCUUUCAACCCCCGCAAGGGAAAGUACGAACUCAAUGGAUGCGAUCCCUUGUGGAAUUCCAAAGGCGCUGAGGGUGUGGGCCUUUUUAUGUCCAUCUCACUGCAUCCGUCAGAUCCGGAGGACCAAACCAAGCUGUUCACGAGGGUGUCAUGUGAAGAGCGGGAAACCAUUGACCCUUUAACAAUGUCAGAACGGGAGAAGUUUAACUUUCUCCUGUCCUGGUGGUGGACGGGCUUUCUAACCAUCCCCCGCAUUCUCAGAGGGGCCUGGGAUCUAUACGCUCAACUUGGCCUCCCAGUUUGGUAUAAGCCUGAGCCGCUGAAGGGAACUCUCUGCCGCGAGGCCACCUCCACGGAGCGCAAGUUGGAGGCUAUCUUCCGCAGGUACUUGCGCCAUUUUGUCGAGCACGCGCCUGAGGCUAUCAAGGUUCGCUACGUUUCGGGCGGCAUCACUCCUCACAACGAGCAGGAACGUGAGGAGGACGUGAUGUUUUCUCGCGCUGCCAGAACGCGGCAAGCGGCAAGCGGAAAUCCAGGAGUGAUCCAGGAAGUCGAAUUUCGUGUCCUGGAUCCUAGUUUUUAUACCCGAGUUCUCGGGUAUGAGGACACAUUUGCAGCGCUCGUCCUUGAACUUGACAGCCAGACGAUCUGGGUUUCCGAUCCAGAGCUUCUUGGCUAUCAUGCUGCCGUGGCCAACGGGCCGCAGCAGAUAUCCUGUCGGUGCUGCGCUCCCUUCACAGCUGGACCAACGACCAGCUACCCACGGCUCAGCUGGCGAGAGAGGAUGUGCUUGAUGCUCAUCCGGCGAUUGCGCGACGAGCCCGAACGCAUCGUCCGACCCAUGACCGAUGUGCAGGCUAGGGUUGAGGGGUCGAAGAUAAGCAAAUCGGGCAGGAACAUCCUCGACCGCGUUUGCGGCUCUCAUCCAUCUGAGAUGGACGAAUAUGUGCUGCGGUGUGAGCUAUCGCAGAGCCGGGCCAGCUACCUGUUCUAUGCCGUGGGAACACUCGUCAACAACCGACUGGUGUUUUUCUUGUUUGCCAUCUUCUACGCCAUAGUGUGGUUACUGGAGAUGUGUGUCAAGUGGUUACCUCAGGUCACGAGGAAGGUUGUGUGGCGAGUAAGCAAUUGGCAAGAGCGAGUAGUCUUCGUGGUGUCUCGGUUGAAAGCAGCGGAACCAUAA